AUGCCAGACUCCGGUACAGAGACAUCAGGUAAUUGUGGUCAAAGCCAGACAUAGCAGGGCUCCCCGUGGGUGGGGUCGGAGACAUGUUUACCAUAAAUUAUACAUUGUUUUUAGUUACCGCAGGAGAAAAGUGGCUGAUUAUUAAGAAUGAGCAUUGUUUAUUUCCUCGCAAGUCAUGUUUCUUCACUAAUUUCUUUAACACUUUAAAUUGCAAGAAUGUGUCAAACCUAUUCCUUUAUAAAGCACUGGACCCAUCCUUGGUGCUGUGUGACUGGUUGACAACUAUUAUCUCUAAACACCAAGUAAAUCCCCGUUGGUGUUGCUGGUUCUGUUCAUUCCUCUGCUUAAAAGGGAUAUAUAUAUUUCUGUUAGAGGAUUCUUAAAUCUAUUGCAGGCCUAGUUACUAUUCAUUAAACACAAAAUUAUCUGAUUUGUAAAAGUUCUCCAACUGAGCUGUAGAAUUGGGUAUUUUAACCUUGUUAUUUAAUUUGGUUUUCAGUUUAACACAAUUUGUUGUACAUCAAUAGCUCUGCACUCUGAGUAAUGCUUAGCUCCUACCGUCUCUGUCUGUAUCACCAUGGCGUGUGAUACUGAUAUAACAGCCGUAACGGUAUGACCCAAAACGCCGAUAUAGCAGCAGUGAUGCCAUGACCUGAGAUGCUGAUAUAGCAGCAGUAAUGCUAUGACCCAAGACACUGAUAUAGCGGCAGUAAUGCUAUGACCUGAGACACCGAUAUAACAGCAGUAAUGUUAUGACCCAAGACACCGAUAUAGCGGCAGAAAUGCUUUGACCCAAGACAUAGAUAUAGUAGUAGUAAUACUUUGACCCAAGACACCGAUAUAGCGGCAGUAAUGCUAUGACCUGAGACACCGAUAUAGCGGCAGUAAUGCUAUGACCUGAGACACCGAUAUAGCGGCAGUAAUGCUAUGACCUGAGACACCGAUAUAGUGGCAGUAAUGCUAUGACCCAAGACACCGAUAUAGCGGCAGUAAUGCAGUGACCCAAGACAUAGAUAUAGUAGUAGUAAUACUUUGACCCAAGACACUGAUAUAGCAGCAGUAAUGCUAUGACCCAAAACAAUUGUAUAGUAGCAGUAAUGCUAUGGCCCGAGACACCGAUAUGACAGCAGUAAUGCUAUGACCCAAGACACCGAUAUAGCAGCAGUAAUGCUAUGACCCAAAACGCCGAUAUAGCAGCAGUGAUGCCAUGACCUAAGAUGCUGAUAUAGCAGCAGUGAUGCCAUGACCUGAGAUGCUGAUAGAGCAGCAGUAAUGCUAUGACCUGAGACACCGAUAUAGCGGCAGUAAUGCUAUGACCCAAAACAAUUGUAUAGUAGCAGUAAUGCUAUGGCCCGAGACACCGAUAUGACAGCAGUAAUGCUAUGACCCAAGACAUCGAUAUAGCAGCAGUAAUGCUAUGACCCAAAACACCGAUAUGACAGUAGUAAUGCUAUGACCCAAGACACCGAUAUAGCGGCAGUAAUGCAGUGACCCAAGACACCGAUAUAGUAGCAGUAAUACUUUAACCCAAGACACUGAAAUAGCAGCAGUAAGGCUAUGACCCGAGACAAAAAUAUAGCAGCAGUAAUGCUAUGACCCAAGACACCGAUAUAGCAGCAGUAAUGCUAUGACCCAAGACACCGAUAUAGCAGCAGUAAUGCUAUGACCCAAGACACUGAUACUGCAGAAGUAAUAAUAUGACCAAGACACAGAUAUAGCAGCAGUAAUGCUAUAACCCAAGACAAUGAUAUGGCAGCAGUAAUGGAAUGACCCAGGACACAGAUAUAGCAGCGGUAAUGCUAUGACCCAAUACACCGAUAUAGCAGCAGUAAUGCUAUGACCCAAGACACCGAUAUAGCAGCAGUAAUGGUAUGACCCAAGACACUGAUAUUGCAGAAGUAAUAAUAUGACCAAGACACAGAUAUAGCAGCAGUAAUGGUAUGACUCAAGACACCAAUGGUCUCAUGACACAGGUAGUGAUGUCACAGUGGGAAAAAAAUACUUUUACAAUUCUUCUAUUUUGUCCUAAAUCUAGUCAUUUUAUUUUCAUUUUAAUGUCUGUUACAUAGCUAUUAUGUUACUCAGUGUCACAGAAAGACAUCAGAUUUUCACAUUUAGAAAUUAAGGUCUCAGAUUAAGACAAUGGCCCUGGUAAUGCUUUAGCAAGAAAGGCAUGUUUACUCCUGUGUGAUUUUAUGGAUGUACUAAUAAUAUAACUGUGUUUCAGGUCCAACAACAUCACCUAACGUAACAUCUAGAAAUGAGAUCACACUUGUAAGGAAUCCUAGUGAGGAACAACAGACCUCAAUAAGUAGUAGUAUAGUAGAGACUAUAACUCAACACACAUUAGGACCAACCACAUUGGUCACAUCAACCAUUACCUCAACAGUAGGAAACACGGCUAGACCUAUCACCACUUCUACACCGGGACCCAUUGCUGAAUCUAAAGACACUUCUACACCAGUAUCUACUGCUCAGUCUAGAACCGCAUCUACACCAGGAUCCACUGCUCAAUCUCAAAUCACUUCUACACCAGGAUCCACUGCUCAAUCUCAAACCACUUCUCCACAGGGAUCCAGUGCUGAAUCUAAAGCCACUUCUACACCAGAAUUCAUAGAUGAACCUCAAACCACUUCUACAACAGGGUCCAGUUCUGAAUCUCAAACCAGUUCUACAGAUGGAACCAAUGCUGAAUCUAAAGCCACUUCAACAAAAGGAUUUCAUGUUACACCAAUUGCUACUACUACACCAUUGCCCAGAGAUGAAUCUAACAUUACUUCUACACCAGGAUCCAGUGAUACAUCCAUCACCACUUCUACACCAGGAUUAAGUUCUGAAUCUCAAACCACUUCUACAUCAGGGUCCAUUGCUGAAUCUAAAACCACUUUUACACCAAGAUCCAGUGCUAACUCUAUUUUCACGUCAUUACCAGGAUACAGUGCUGAAUCUAUUACCACUUCUACACUAGGAUUCAGUGUUACACUUAAUGCUACAUCUACACUAGGACCUAGUAUUGAAUCUAAUAUCAUGUCUACACCAAAAUCCAAUGCGGAAUCUAGCAACACUUAUACACCAGGAUACAGUGAGACCUCUAUCACCUCUUCAACACCAGGAUCCAGUGCGGAAUCUAACAACACUUCUACACAAGGAUACAGUGAGACCUCUAUCACCUCUUCUACAUCAGGAUCCAGUGAUACAUCAAAUAUUAUUUCUACAGUAGAACUCAGUUCUACACCCAUCACCUCUUCUAAAGCAGGAUCCAGGACUAAAUCUAAAACCACUUUUAAACCAGGACCCAGUACUAAACCCAUCACUAUUUCUACACCAGGAUCCAGUGCAGAAUCGAAUAUCACUUUUACAAUGGGACCAAGUGCUGAAUCUAACAUUACUUCUUUACCAGGACAAGGAGCUACAUCUGGCAUCACUACUACACCAGUGCCCGAUGCUGAUUCCAAAACCAAUUUUACACCAGGAUCCAGCGUUAGAUCCAUCACCACUUCUACAUCAGUAUCCAGUGUUAGACCCCUCACCAUUUCUACACCAGGAUCCAGUUCUAGACCCUUCACCACUUCUACACCAGGAUUUGGUACUGAAGUACACAACCCUGAAUCUCCUAUCACUACUACAUCUAGUCUCAGUGCUCAGUACACCAUCAUGUCUACACAUACAUCCAGUGCUCAAUUUAUUACCACCACUGGACCUUCCUCUUCUUCUACGUCAGGACCCAGCCACGGCACAGAGCCUAGAACUUAUAGACCUUAUGCUGAAUCUACUACCACCUCUGUACUUAGAGUCAGUGCUAAACCUGUCACCGCUUCUACACCUAGACCAGAUAAUAAAUUUACGGCUAUUCUUAUACAUGCAUCCAAAACGCAAUCUGCAACAACUUCUAAUCCUUCACCCAGUGCUGAAUCAAAUUCCAGUCGGAAACCUAGCACUUCUUUAUCUGCAACUAGUACUGAUCAUAUCACCAUGUCUUCAAGCACACCAAGCACUGAAUUUGCCACCACAUUUAGAUCUAGAUCCAGUGCUCGAUCUACCACCACUUCUAUAUCUACACCAAGUGCUGAAAAUAUUGCCACCUAUAGACCUAGUCGAAGUGCUAAACCUACCUCCAUUUCUACCCUUGGACACAACACUGCACCUACCACCAGCAAACCAUUUCCACAGACAAACUUGAGAGGUUCUUUGAUUUUUAAAAUUGUUAACAAAAACUUUACUGAUGAACUAAAUAAUUCUUCCACCAAAGAAUUCAAGAAUCUUUCAGCAAAUAUCUCGGAAAAUGUGAGUAAAUUAUGUAUUUCUUGUUUUAAUGCCAUCAUUUUUUAUUUUUUAAAUAAAUCCAACCGCUCUUUUUUUUCUUUCUAAUUUAACAUAGUGCAAACACAACUACGGAUUACAGUGGAAUAGUUGGUGGGGUUAAUCUCACGUGAAAAUUUCUGAGGAUUUAUUUCCUGGCUUAAAGCUAAUGAUGGAGUGUUCAUGA